AUGGCAAUAAGGUCACCAAAGGGCAACGUGAUAUCAGAGGCGGACGAUAAGGAGCGUGCCUGGAGCUUUAACCCUUCAGCGUGUAACUGUCACCGCCACUCCUUCGACUGUUACUACGACCCCGAGGUGGAUCAGAGGAGAGCCAGCAUCGACAUGCACGGACACAACCGAGGGGGGGGCGUCUGCCUCAACUGCCAGCAUCACACCACCGGAGUGAACUGUGAGCGCUGCAUCCCCACCUUCUACAGGUCACCUGACCAAUCCAUCGACUCCCCAUUGGCCUGCUCACGCUGUGAGUGUCAGUCAGAGUUUACAGACGGUACCUGUGAGGAUCUGACCGGUCGCUGCUUCUGCAAACCAAACUACAGCGGAGAGAACUGCGACUCCUGCGCCGGCGGCUUCAUGAACUUCCCCGACUGUUACCCUAUUCCCACUUACCCAAACAACAACAACAACAACGGCGAGGCCAAACCAGCAGGAGAGAUCAUCA